AAUUGCGACUGCGAGAGAACACUGCCUCUCUCUCUCUAGCGGAGAGCGCCGUCUCUCUCCUCUCUCUUUCCCUUCGAUUCAACGACGCCAAGCGAAACCGAAAAACAUCCACGCGCUCCGCCUCCGCCCUCCCUCGCCCUCUCCCCCGGCGCCCUCCUCCCCUCCGGCCCAGCCACAAACCCUAACCCUAGAUGGGGGCCGUCACCUCGACGGUCGCGGCCCGCUUCGCCUUCUUCCCGCCGAACCCGCCGUCGUACGGGGUGGAGCUACCGCCGCCGCCCCCUGCCGCCGCCGCGGCGCCGGCGGCGGGGGCGGCGGCAGCGGAGGGGGAGGAGGUGAGGGAGAAGGGAGGCGGGGGCGGCAGCAGGGUGGUGGAGCUCACCGGCGUGCCGCGGAGGGGCAACGUGGAGGCGCGGCGGCUGCGGACGAAGCGGGGCACGGAGGUGGUCGCGAUGCACGUGCGCCAGCCGGGCGCCAAGCUCACGCUGCUCUACUCCCACGGCAACGCCGCCGACCUCGGCCAGAUGUACGAGCUCUUCGUCGAGCUCAGCUCGCACCUUAACGUCAACCUCAUGGGCUAUGACUAUUCUGGUUAUGGGCAAUCCUCUGGGAAGCCUAGUGAGCAAAACACUUAUGCUGAUAUAGAAGCUGUAUACAGAUGCCUCAUAGAAACCUAUGGAGCUUCUGAGGAUAAUAUCAUUCUUUAUGGCCAAUCGGUGGGCAGUGGUCCUACUUUGGAUUUAGCAUCCCGAUUAACUCGUUUGAGAGCAGUUGUCCUGCAUAGCCCAAUUUUGUCUGGCUUAAGAGUGAUGUAUCCUGUAAAACAUACAUACUGGUUUGACAUAUACAAGAAUAUCGAUAAAAUUCCAUUAGUCUGGUGUCCUGUGCUAGUGAUACAUGGUACAGCCGAUGAGGUUGUUGACUGUUCCCACGGGAGGGCACUGUGGGAACUUGCUAAGGUGAAGUACGAGCCGCUAUGGAUCAAAGGCGGAAACCACUGUAAUCUUGAACUGUACCCGGAGUACAUCAAGCACCUGAAGAAGUUUGUGGGGGCCAUAGAGAAAUCGCCGCCCCCGCCUCCAAUCGACGAGUCUAUGGAGGCCUCGGGCCCGUCGGACCGUGCCCCGACGGAGCCCGAAUGCACAACGGAGGAUUCGAGGAAAAGCACAGACUGCCGGGACAAGGCGAGGCCGAGCGUAGAUCACAGACAGAGCACGGAUCGGCGGGAGAAGGCAAGGGGCAGCACGGAUCGGCGGGACAAGGGCAGGAAGAGCGUCGACCACACCGAGAAGCCCCGGGCCAGCGUCGACCAGCCCGAUCGGCCGAGGAGAAGCGUUGACCGGUACAGAUCACCUUGCCAACCUACAAAAUCGUGCCCUUUGAAUAGCACAGCAAUUUGGUGGCAUGAUGAAGUCGGUGAGGCUGUGCAAUAUCGACUGUUUCAAGGUGACAGCAACUUCUGGGAGCUGAUGGGGGGAGGAGGAGGAGGGGGACGGAUAGCGACAGAAAAAAAAAAGGUUAGUGUUGGGAGCGUCUGUAUGUAUUUUCCCGCCGUGUAACUUAUUCAAUUGGGUGAUUGGUUUGGGCUGUAGCAGGAGGUGUGCGUGCGCGUGUUUUUUUUUUUUGCAUACAAUGAGGCUUGUAUUGUUUCCGUUGGAUUGUUCUUUUCUCCAAGGUGAAAUAAUAAUCUGUUGAUAAGUGAGGCGCCCGCUGCCAAUAA